CAACACCGUUGUGGCCAUCGCUAACUCGCGCGCAUCUUCGCGUUAUCGAAUUUGCGGUAGUCAAAGUGGUUAAAUCUAUCGCUUUUUCAUUUGUGAAGUUUCUGUCAUUGUGACUACUGAUAUGUCCAACUCCGCUGCUGAUGGUGCUGAGCGCAAACUCGGAACUUUAUCCAAAACUUCAGGUGAAAAGUCUGUACGGAAACGAUCCACUGGUGAUCAACAAGGUGCUGGCGCUGUGGAUGAAGAUGUAUUCCGACAGUCUUUUAUACCAUCCAUGUCGAUCACUGCAUCUUCCGCUAAAGAACUUACCGAGAUUAUGAAUCGUAUAAAAGAUACACUUUCUGGGAAUCCUGAAGAAUGGGAAAAACGUGUCGAUGCGCUAAAAACAUUACGUGCUAUAGUUGCCAAUGGUGCAUUACAAUAUGAUGAAUUUUUUCCUUUAUUAAAAACUUUGGAAAAUUCCAUAGAUGUUUCCUUGCGUGAUUUAAGAUCGUCAGUUGUACGUGAAGCGUGUAUAACAGUUGCCUUUUUAUCUCAAGAAAUUCGUAAUCGUUUUGAUCGAUUCGCUGAAGGUAUUUUACAAACAAUUAUUGCGCUAUUAUCAAAUAGCGCUAAAGUUAUGGCAACUAGUGGAGUGGUUGCAAUGCGAUUUAUCUUAGAGAAUACAUGCUCUUCUCGUCUUCUUCCCAUUCUCACUUCUUCAUUAUCAUCCAAGUCUAAUAUUACCAGAAAAUGCAUUUGUGAAUUCUUAGAAAUCAUUUUUCGAACUUGGCCGGUAAAUAUUCUUGAAAAAAAUCUCCCUGUAUUACAAGAUGCAUUAAAACGAGGUAUUUCAGAUGCAGAUCAAGAGGCUCGAUUGUUUUCUCGACGUUCAUUCCCAUUAUUUGUUGCUAAAUUUCCGGAACAAGCAAAUUUAUUUCUACAAAAUCUUGAUGUACAAAAACGUAAACUAAUUGAAAAAGAUUUAAUUGCUGCAGGUUUAUCCGAUGAUAUUAGUGCCGGGGAUACUAGUACAACUGGAUCAUCAAGGAAUCAGUCUAGUAAUAAUAGUAUUAGUAGUAGUCAGUCGAAUCCACUUUAUCAAAGUACACGUAGACCAAAUCGACCUGUACUAGGUACUAGUUCAUUAGCCAAUAAUACAAAUCGUAAUCGUCCACCAUUGACCAGUCAAAAUGAAUAUAAUACCGUUGGUCGGUAUUUCCGUCAACGAUCAAUAGCUUCAAAUUAUGACGGUCGUCCACGUCCAACUGGUGGGAAAAUUAUAUCACAAUCACAGCCUACAAGUCGUGAAGUUUCACCAUCACGUCUAGCCUAUUUCGCUGCCUAUGGUAAUGCUGCACCUAAUAAUAAUGAUACACAAAAAUUACAAUUCAAUACAGCUAACACUAGUCGUAAUGGUACAGUAGGAUUGGUGGAUAGUAAUAAUGCUAAUACUACUACUACUACCACUGGACGUAUUACACGUGUAGGCAUGAAUUCACGUGUUCCACGUAGUCAAGGUGCUAGUCGAGAAGCAUCGCCUACAAGAUCUACUGCAAGCGGUUAUGCUGGACCUCCAUAUCAGUCUAAUAAUAGUUUUCAAUUAUCCGGCACAGGUCAAAUUGGACAAAUGAGUUAUCGGCGACAACAACAACAAAGACCAUCUCUUGGUACUCUAAGUGAUUGUGCAGAUCUUGGCGAUGGACCUUUAUAUGGUCGACAUUAUUCAGUCGGUAACAGUCGUGGCCCAUACGGUUCAGAUGAUAAUUUCAGUGAAACAUCCUCUCAAUGUUCUGAACGUUCUGGUCGUUCAGUACCUGGAUAUCGGCGCCAAUCUUCGGGUAAAGUGACUCGUAAUUUAAAAGAAAUCAUUUCUCAACUUCAAGCUGAUCAAUGGUCUGAUAGAAAAGAUGGUUUAACAAAUUUACAAAAUUAUAUGCGUUCUGGUUAUCCUUUAAAUCCAGAUGAUAUUCAUUGUUUAACUGAAAUAUUUUCUAAAAUGUUUUCGGAUUCUCAAAGCAAAGUUGUCAGUUUAUUUAUGGAUACAUUGCAAUUUUUUAUUAAAGAAUAUAAUCCAUUACUUCGUGAUUGGCUUUACACAGUAUUAAUACGUUUGUUAUAUCGUCAAAGUCAUGAAGCUUUAAGCAGUCAUCAAAAAGCGAUACAAGAAACACUUUUAGUCCUCAGAUCUCAUUUCCCUUUGAAUUCACAAUUCACUAGUUGUUGUCGUUUCAUUAUGGAUAAUGCAUAUACACCAAAUUUUCGUGUUAAAACUUGUCUAUUAGAAUAUAUGAAAGAUUUAAUUUUAAUGAUGAGUCCAGAUGUCAUUGCCAGCCCGUCGAAUGAAGUGAUUAAUGCAAUUGGAAAAAUUGUCUGUUGGUCUACUGAACCAAAAUCAGCUGAUGUUCGACGAAUGGCUUCUCGUGUUGUUAUCAAAUUGUUUGAUUUGAAUUCGACAAGUUUUUCCAACUUGUUACAAUCACUACCUCGUGGAGUACAAGAUCGUGCACAUGAAGUGCUAAAAACUUACCAAAAGACUGCUACAGGUGGUGGUCUAAUGAAUUUAACCGAUACUAAUCACAAUCCUUCUUCAUGGAAGUCAACAUCUGUCGAUCAAGAUCAUAUGAUGUUUUCACCACCAACUAGUGGACGGUAUGGAUCAUUUACUGGACCAUAUUAUUCUUCUCAACGUUCUCAUAAUUCAACUGGCGGUAGCAGUGGUCGCGUAAGCCCUGAAAGUAUGAAUCGUAUUAUUCGUGAAACAACCGAUGGUCUUCAGUCACUCUCAGUUUCAGGCGGUAUUCCAACUUCAGCAGUGACAAGUCCAACACGUAGAGCAUCCGCUGAUCCAAGCUAUACAACCAACGAAUAUACACAUGUUACAAAUGGAAAUGCAGGUGUUUUACGUACAAUGCAACCAAAUAAUUUUCCUAAUUCACAACCAACAGCAUUAAAACAGCCUGAUAUUGUCCCAUCUAAUAUAAACCCAUCCUACGCUUCCCUACAAGGUACUGCUGCUAACGAUCCAUCACUUCAGUCUACAUAUGGUUUACGUACAAAUAAGACUCCUUUAAAUCCACUUGCCAAUUAUGAUGCUAACGAUGGGCCCCCCAAAUUAAAGAAACCAGUAAUUGGUUAUCAAACGUUAAAAAAAAUACGCGAAAUGCCUCCCGAAGAUAUCAUGUCUGAAAUACUUCAGGAAUUGUCGAAUCAUAAUGAACGUUAUGAACAAAGAAAAACAUGUAUGUUAAAGCUGAUCAAAUUAUUAUGUGAUGGUGCUAUUACUAAUUGGGAUGAAUAUUUUAAGCCAACUUUGUUAAUUCUACUAGAAACAUUAGGUGAUGAUGGACAUGAAGCCAGAGCACUUGCACUUCGUGUACUUCAAGAAUUAGUACGAGCUAAACCAGAUUUAUUUCAUGAUUUUGCAUAUUUAUUUGUUAUUAAAGUACUGGAAGCUUGUCGUGAUAGUGAAAAAUCUGUUAUUCGAGCUGCAGAAGAAUGUGCUAAUACAGUUGCACAAUAUCUUCCACAAGAAUUAUGUCUUAAUGUAUUAACACCUCUGAUUAAUGAUUCCAAAUUACAUAUUAAUUUGCCUGCAAUUAAAAUGCAAAUGCAAGUGAUACGAAAUUCUUCACCGGAAUUAGUACAUGAAUUUAUUAAUGCAUUAAUUCCUGGACUUGUUAUUGCUUGUAAUCAUGAAGAGAGUGCUAUACGUAAAGCCAGUGUAUUUUGUUUAGUUGCAAUAGCUAUGAAACUAGGCGAUGAUAUUUGGAGUUAUUUAACUGAAUUAAAUGCUGGCAAAAAACGCCUUUUGAAACUGUACAUUGAUCGUCAACAAUGUCCAACUACAUCAGACGAUUCAAUCACGACAAGAAGUUGAUACCAUUGAUCAUCAUCAUGCAGGUGUUUGAUAAAAUAAAAAGUCAUGUCAGCUAUAUAGAAUAACAUAUUUGUGUACUAUUAAAUCCACUAAUGUUAUGAUCAAUCUAUUUUACUUUUACUCUCUUUUGCUCUCUCUCUCUCUCUCUCUCCGUGUGUGUGUACCAUUUUUGUCAUUGCUAACUAACGUCUACUGUUGUUGCCGUCAUCGGUGUCGUCGUCGUUAUGUGUGUAUCACUGACGAUAAUCAAAUGUUUCAGAGGAUGAAUGAAUGAGAAAAAAAAUUAAAUUGUGCAUUUUUUUUCUUAUAAAAAAUUCCCUCAAUUUUAUUUUGUAUAAACCGUCAAAAAUGCAUACAUAACCUACACAACAUACAUGCUUACAACCAAAUUGAAAUUAAAAAAAGUAAGAGAGAGAGAUUGGCAUUUUAUUAUUUGAAGAAGAAGUAGAAUAUGAUGUCACUUGCAGUCUAUUGUUGGAAUUCCCUUUUUUUUCGGGUUUUUAAGCUUCACAAACCAUAUUCACUAUUAUAUGUGGUUCCUGUCUUUUUCCCCGUUAUACCAACCACAUCAUCUUUGACAACCUGAUCAAAAACUGAACUAAAAAAUCACUGAUUUAAUAAAAAUACGCAAAAAAGGUUGAUCAAAAAUAUGAAAAGUCUAACUGUGCUCAUUUUUUUCACUUGAACUCACCGCCUGCCUACACACACAAUUCAACAUAGAACAACACAUUGAGAGAAGGUAGAUGUGUUGUUUUUUCAAGCAAAGAAUACAUCCAUACACAAUGUUUGAAUUCACCUAAUUAGUGUAGUAGAUCAUCAACUGGAUAAUUGAUUUUUAUCCAAUCAGUCGUCGUCAACUAAUCAUAACUUAUGAUGAUACUCCAAUCACCAUUUUUCAUGUUAGUGAAUCACACAAACAAACUCUUAGUUGUUUUUUUCUAAAAUCCAAUCCGAUGGAAUAUACACAUCAAUUAGUUGUGUAUCAUCUGUUUUAUUUGCCAGCAGUAAUAGUAGUAGUACCACCAUGUACGUGUGUGUAUAUCAUGCAAAAUCUUGUGUAUUUGUUUCUUUUUCUUUGAUGUUUGUCUGUUUGUUGAUAGAUAUUUUACUUUUGUGAAUAGUAAAUGUGUUUGUGAAUCAGUAAAAUUUUUUACUCCUCAUCAUUCUUUCUUCAAUAGUCCUUUUCGUCAAUGAAUACUCUGUUUUAUAUUCCAAUAGUCCCCCCCUACUCUCUCUCUCUCUCUCUCUGUUCAUUUUGAUUGAGAUCAACAACAAUAACAAUAAACUUGAUCGGAUUAUCAGGUUAUUUUAUGAUCAUAGUUACCUCGUCUUAUUUCAUUCAUAUUUGGUAUAAACCCAGUAAGUACCUUGAUUCAAUGUUAAAAGAGAAACUCUUGGGAGUUUUUUUUCCUUCUUUAAAUGAACUAUUUGUGUGUAUACAUAGUGUAUUUUUUACAAUGCGUCAUUUUGUGUUGAUAAUCCCCCUGAAAUGGAAUUUUGUUUGUGUAUGUUUGAUGAAGUGCACUAUCUCUGUCUCUCUCUCUCUCUC